AUGUCAGCCAGACGUCCCUCACACCAGCAACAACGACGACGCCGCAGUAGACAAACAGCACAAAAUCCUGGCAGCGACAUACCAGCAUCCGAUUCAGAAAAUGCUCAGCUUCAUGAUACUGGACACACAGACAAUGAUUCCUUAGUUUCCAGCAUACCAUCUUACCAAAGUAAUCAUGCAAGAAGACAGCGACGGCGAUCAGCUCAUUCUCGUAGGGAAUCCCGAGCGGAGCCGCAGCAACAACAACCAUCAGUCCGCCCUCCACCGGUUGACAGUCUCAAUCAAAGCAUUGAAGAAGUUGGUGAUACGGCCGGUCAACUAGCCAAUACAGCGGCGGAUAUAGAUAAACCUCGAGUUCCACCUAGUGAUUAUGAUGAUGCAUUGAAACUACGGUUGGAUUUAAAUUUAGAUGCGGAAAUAACACUCAAGGCUAAGUUACAUGGCGAUGUCACCCUCUCACUGCUGUAG